AUGAACCUUGAUAUGGAUAGUGAAACAAUUACUAUAGCAAAGUAUCACAGUGAAACAACUAUCAUAACAAAGUAUUAUGAUGAAAUGCUUACUACAGCAAAGUAUCACAAUGAUGAUCUUAAAGAAAUAUUCUUAUAUUUAGAAUUUAAUAUAAUUGCACUAACAGCUAAUUCAAUAAGAAGAUAUAUUAUAAAUGAUUUUAAAGAAGAAUGUAUUAAGCUUUAUGAAAGAUUACAAGAAAUUUCUGAAAAACUUUUAAUAAUGACUAAUAUAUAG